CACCUUUUCUCUCUCUAUACUUGUGUAACGGUAUUUUCGCGGGCUUUCAACAAGACACGCGACGAUAUCGGUGUCACGCUUGUACACGAGUGAAAUUUAGUGAUGUUCGUCAAUUGAUUGAUCCAAUAGCAUCCGAUAAAAUUGAAAUUGUAAAAAGUACCUGUACAGUUGCUGAUACCGUUUUACCUUGAAGACAGCAAAAUUUUCCUAUUUGACGCGUCUGCAUGAAGAAGGACUGUGGAUGUUGCGCAGUUUUGAAUUAAUUUAAGCACAUUCUUUGCAAAGUAUUCAGUGUGAGUGGAAACAUCAGCGUUCUAUUCCUCAAAGAAAUUCUUCAAGUCUUGACACAUCUCAAAAAUUUGUUCAAAAUUAUUUCGCUUAAAUCUAUACUAGACUCCGUGAAGGUAAUCAUGCUUCGUUCUAAGAGAGUGAGAGCAAAAGGCGACGACUUACCAAACGCAAAGAAGCCUAAAGCGAGUACAGUCAAUCAGAAGUCAAUCGUAAAUUACUUGACUCAGGCACGAACACCUUUGGAUACUAUGCAGAAUAAAAAGGAAAAUGAUGCAGCUGAGCACACGUCUGCUACAUCCACUUCUGAAACAGGCAAGAAGAGAAGUGAACAAAUAAUACCUAAUUACGUGUCUGAUAAGUUAUUAUCUAUUGAAAAACAGCUUUCUGCUAAAGUGCAGGAUAUUACUUUUCCAUCAUCUAUUCCUUAUAUUUAUAAUCCACUCGAAUAUGCAUUUGAAACACAUGCCAUGUACGUACGCAAGUACUGUACUGGUACAAAGAAAAUUUUGUUCCUUGGAAUGAACCCUGGACCAUGGGGCAUGUCGCAAACCGGUGUGCCGUUUGGCGAGAUAAGCAUGGUGCGCGAUUGGCUGGAAAUAUCGGGUGCUGUUGGACAUCCACCGAAGGAACAUCCUGAACGAAUAGUAACGGGAUUCCAAUGUCCACGUAGCGAAGUUAGCGGAUUUAGAUUAUGGGGUCUCUUUCGACAAUAUUGUGGGAAGACGGAGAACUUCUUCCGACACGCAUACAUGCACAAUUAUUGUCCCCUUGCAUUCAUGGAUGGCAGUGCUCGAAACAUUACACCAGCAGAAUUAAAGGGUGAAGCGCAGGAGAUUUUACAUAAGGCAUGUGAUAAAUCCUUGAUCGACAUAUCACGGCUCUUGAACAUAGAGAUUAUCGUAGGUAUUGGCAGAUACGCCGAAAAAAGAGCACAGAUUGCAGUCCAAACAGGCAAACUCAAAAUAAAGGUAGUGUGUCUGCGACAUCCCAGUCCAAGAGUUGUAGGUAAUCAAAACUGGAAUGUAAUAGCUAUGCAACAGUUAAGCGAGUCAGGAUUGCUCAAGUAUUUUGAGAAAGCAAAAGACAGCACAGUUUAAAACUUGCUGAAAAUACAGUUAACAUUUGAAAGCUAUAAACGCAAACAGUUCUGUUCAAGACAAUGCUUACGUUACUUACAAGAGAUAUUUCACAA